AGUCCGCUAUGGUGAGGACUCCAGGGAGCAAUUAAAGCCCUGAUAGGCUGUGUGCCUAAGGUGGAGAGGGAAACAAAGUGACCUGAACGCUCCCACGCUUGGGGAGCGCAGAAGGCCUCAGAUCAUCAUCUCCGUGUUUGAGUGAUCUCAUCAGGAGAGCAGGUUAGUCGAUUUUUAUUUUGAUAUCUCUCCGUGCUUGAGUUAACCUGAGUUAACACUUGAACAAAUAUUUUGGGGGGAAAUAAAUUACGUUUUUUAAACAUGCAGCAAAGCCUCAUUUACCUCGGCCAGUCAUGCUGUAGCCUUUCUUAUGCCUGCAUGUGAUUGAUGUUCUUACGGUGUUUUAUUUACACUUGCAAUUCUAGGAUACACAGUUACUGUACAGCACACACAAAACCCACAGCAGUUAUUUAUAGUUGCAUUAAAAGUACUGACUGUAGAGGCAUUCGGUGGUUGCUUUUCAUGAUGGGGAGAUUAUUGUCUGUUUGUGAUUAUUUAAUACUUUUUUAAAAAGCUUGCGUGAUCAAUUUAUAUGAGCUCAUUUAUUGGGAGGGUGUCAUGGAAGGGCCUCAAAGGGGAAAUGAUGAAUAGAGGUUGGAUUAAUACUCCUUUCCAAUAUGAGUUUUUAAAAUCUAUUAUUUAAAAAAAAAUUUUUUUUGAAAAGUUUGAGUUAUAAAUUGAAUAAAUAAUAUGGUUUGGAGGCUAAUGUACAAUCCCAUUAUCCAUUAUGUGUGGCUAAUAAAACCAUGCAAGUCUGCAUUGCAAGUAAAUCCCCUUGAAUUUCGUGGGGCUUGCUCCCAGGUUAAGUGUUACGGGGAUUACAGCCUAAAUUCCACCAUUUUCAGUAAAGCCAGAUUUCAGCUCGUGUCUUUGUUAGGUGGUUUCUUAAACACGGCCAAUGUAUACUGCCAAUAACAUUGCAACUAAUGCCUUUUGUUACUUUGGAUCCCAAAUGGCUGAAUCUGUGCUUUGAAAAUGUUUCAGCUAGAGGUUCCACGAAUGGAACAUUUGCCUUGGUUGGGAAACAAAUCUCCUACUGCUGAAUCUACUUGGCGGAUGGAAAGUUGCAUUCUGAGCAGCAUGUUGAAACCCCAGUAAAGUCGCAGGCAUAGGCAAACUUGGCCCUCCGUAUGUUUUGGGACUACAACUCCCAUCAUCCUUAGCUAACAGGACCAGUAGUCAGGGAUGAUGGGAGUUGUAGUCCCAAAACAUACGGAGGGCCGAGUUUGCCUAUGCCUCGUCCAGAGGGCCUAUUGGUAUUUCUAUGCUUGCUGCAGCAUCAUUGCUAAUGACAUGUUAGAUUGGCGUUAGAACAGCUUGAGUUACAUAGAAUAUAUUCUGUCUAUUAGCAGGGUUGCCACACAAUUGCAGGAUCCGGUGUCUCUUACAGAAUUCAUAAUUUACAGCAUAUUGUUAUCCCUCGGAGCUACGUAGCUUGGGAAAAUGUAGGCUAUGUCUGUGGAAAUCACAGCAGGCAUCCAGAUUGUACGUGCUGUGAAUACUCUGGUAACACUGUUCCUUGUGGUGGCUGCUGUGAUGCUGUAUGUCCAAGUUGAUAUUCUACGUAAAAAAAACCUGAGCUUGAAUCCUGGAAAGAGGGGCCUGGUGGAUGAGUAGUUCCCAGAUCCAGGAGACAGCUGGAUUUCCUGUUCUGGGUGGGGUUGCACUUUCUCUGAAGGAGCAGGGACGCAGUCUGUGGGUACACCUUGAGCCACCUCUGUCACCAGAGGCCCAAGUGAUCUCCAUGACCAGGAGUGUUUUUUACCAGUUCCUGCUGGUAUGCCAGCUGCAACUAUUUAUGGACCACAAGAGCCUGACCACAAUAGCCCAUGCACUGGUAACCUCAAGGCUUGGUUACUGUAACACGCUUUACGUGGGUCUGCCCCUGUAUCCUUUCUAAAAGUUUCAACUAGGGCAAAAUGCAGCUGCCAGACUGUUCACAGGAGUAGCUUCCUGGCAACAAGUUACUCCGCUCAGUAACUCUGCUGAGAGAGCUGCUCUGGUUGCUGAUUUGCUACCCAACCAGGUUCAAGGUGCUUGUGUUGAUUCACAAAACCCUAGACAGCUUAGGCCCAGAUUACUUUAAGAAUCAUCUGAUCCCUUCAACGCUACCACAUGUACUGAGAUCUUCCGAUGGGGCAAGUGUGGUAGUCCCCCACACACCUGAGUUUCAAUUGUCCUUCACUAGGGAGUGGAAGGAGGCAUUAGUGUGGCCUGUGGAACACCCUACCAGUAGAGGUUUGGUGGGACCCACUCCCUCUCCUCUUUCAGACCCCUUUUUUAACCAAUGAUGCUUUUCGAUCUUAUAAUAGCAUUUUUAUGGAUGCUUUUCCCAAUUGCAUUCUUAUAUGUAGUAUACCACCUUGGUGUAUAUUUUUAAAUGAAAGUGUGGAUUAUCAAUACGCAAAUAAGUAAAUAAAAAUUAUACGGGUUACCUGUUGUGUUUUGUCUUUCCAUUUUCCCAGGAGCAAUCAGCAGAGGCGAUGACAGUCACAUACUCUAGCAAAGUAGCAAAUGCCACUUUCUUUGGGUUCCACAGAUUGCUUCUCAAGUGGAAAGGAAGCAUCUACAAACUGCUUUACAGAGAAUUUUUGCUCUUUGCUUUUCUCUACACGGCAAUAAGUCUAUUAUACAGGUACUGGGUUUUGUUUUUUUCCCACCUCGUGAAAAACUCCAUACUGCAAUCUUUCCUUGGAUAAUGAUGGAGGGAUCUGCAACAAAACGUUUCAGUAUGUUGUUUUCUGUUCAGGAUGCAGUUGUAGCCAAUCCUGCCCUUUCUCAAGAUACUCUGUUCCAGGGAUGUGUAGCCCUCCAAAUGUUGUUGGGAGUCCUAUCAGCUCAAGCCAUCAUGGCCAACCAUGGUGAAGGAUGAUGGGAGGUGUCAUCAAGCAACAUCUGGAGGGUAAAAGAUUACCCACACCUCCUAGUUUUAUGACUCCCAUCCCCCUCACCAGCACUCAAGUGAUCUGUGGCCUGAACUAUUCCCUCGCCACGAAUACAUGGGCUUGUUCUCCUCCACAAGGAAUUUAUUUACUUCUCCAAACCUGAAUUUCCCCCAGGUCUGCUUGUAUCUUCUUGUAGAAGGAUGGUGCUAUCUAGGCCACAUAAAGAUUGGUACUCAAAGAAAGACUUGAAGAAACAUGACUACAUGGGACACAAUCCACUAGGAUGUUCUCCUGCACAAGCUCUACUGAAGGAGCUAUGCAAUAUCACUAUUCAUUUAAUCUUCUUAAAUGUAUAUCCUACUUUUCUCAUGGAGCCCAAGACAGCGUACAAGUGGUUUCCCAAGGUCUACCCAUCCAGGCACUGACCAGACUCAGACCUGCUUGGCUUCAGCAAGAGCAUACAUGGUCCAGGAUCUCUUGUGCAGCCCCCAUGCCUCCUGUUCCAGUAAGGAAGCUGAUUGGCUUGCAGUUAUCUUGGGAGUCACUCCUACACCGACUGACAAUGAAAUGGAAAAGUCUCUGAUAUCCAACAGCAAAAGUGUUGUGAAAACAAAGCUACAUCCCUUUAUGAAGACAAAUACUCAAUUAUAACAAUAUGUCAAUAGGAGAGCUAUAGUUUCCCCUCCCCCAAUUAGUAAUAUAUUCUAGCAAAAACAGGCCCAUUUAUGUCUUGCGAUGGUUUUUCCUAUCAAAUUUCUGCAAGUAGAGCUUUGAGUGUGGGUUGCUUCAUGAGGUGUCCUUGGCCAGAGCUUUGGGUUUCUUCAGAGUUGGAUCACAUAACAGCUUCUCCAGGGACAUUAGACUGGCCCCAUCUCUGAUGACAUUUAGGCAGGCAGCAAAAAUGUUUUAUAAUGCUGCAUGCUUGCAAUGGAUUUUCAUUUACUGUGCUCUUGUUUGAUCUGAAAUUUUCUGUUUUAAUUUUGUUGUUGAAUUUUAAUUUUGUUAUCGUCUUCUUGUUCACUCCUACAGGGGGCCCUAGUUAGGACUGAAAGGUGGUGUAAAACUGUUUUUUAUAAAUGAAUAAAAAAGGAGGGUGCAAUUUAGCCAAUUUUGUGUUGUUAUAGAUCUUUUGGGGAAUGUCCUGAAUAUUAAUGAGAGUCGUUUAGAUGCAAUCUGCAUAGUUUGAUCUGGGUGCUGAUGUGGAUUUAGAGUUUGCAUCUUUCACAACCUCCAAGAUUCACAACCUGCAUAAGCUGUUAUGGCCAUUGUUUGACUGAUUCCCCCUUUCCCACCAUGGAUUAUAUAAUCAGAUCUCUAUUUUUAAUGGGCUGUAUUAUUACCGUUAUACGGAAUUGUGUUGUUAUAGAAAUAUUGUCAUAAUGCACUGAAUAUUUCUCAUUUUCACCCACGUUGCUAAGCAGGGACAAGCCUAUACAUGUCUGCUGAGAAGCAUGCCCCAAUGAGUUAUAUGCCUGGAAUAAUAGUUGUAUAAUGCAUUUCAUUCUGCAUAUCUGAGAUUUUUCCAUUCACUUGUCAGUCUCGGAGCAGUGGCUUUUGUCAUAAUUGUGAAACACACAGACGAGCUUCCUUAUCACCUCCUAUGCAGUAAAUGACUAUUAAUACUAGUAUUCCUGCUUGCCCAUAUUAUAUUCUUAAGAGGGAAUUAACCUGCUCUUUAUACAAAACUAAUUUGAAAAACUAAUAUCUUUCUCCCCCCCCCCCUUUUCUUUUGUCCUUGCAGAUUUUUUCUUACUGGUAGCCAGAAACGAUACUUUGAAAAACUGGCCAUUUAUUGUGACAAAUAUGCAGAACAAAUCCCAGUUACUUUUGUGCUUGGUGAGUAUAUACAUAUAUAUAUAUCCCAUAAUUACCAUGACUUCGUUUAGGACUUCACCACUAACCUUGAAGCAGGGAUGGGCAGGAAGGCGUUUGGGAUCUACUGGAUAGAUCUCUGGGUGAGUCAUGGUAGAUUGGCCCAGAUUUCUUACUCCCAAAUUGUUUAACAAUAUUAACUGCACAUCAUAUGCACCAGGGUUGUACAGCCAGUAGGCAGCUCAGUUCACAAGCUGCUCUGAUGCUGGUACAAUCACAAUGUCAGUACCAGUCUGAGGACAGGAGAUGUGCUAGCAAUAGUUUCUCCCCAUUUACCAGGGCUGGCAGAGUGUAGCUUCCGCUCCAGGCAGUUGCUUUAGGGUAUCAUGAAUAGGCAGUGAGUUGUUAUUUAAAUUAUUAGGAAUGUAUUUUUACUGCUUGGGAGGAGAAGGAGGGGAAGUUCUUGUGGAAUUUUCUGCCUCUUGUUGCCAAAAUAAUAUGGCUGGUCUUGGGUGCUGUGCACCUUGAAUUGUGGCGUGGGAGUAGGAAUGCACUUGCUGCUCUGUCGUGAUAUUUUCUUGUUGAAUACUCCCGUCAAGACAUCUGACUUCACAAAACAACUACAGCGGUGGUGGGAAAACUCCUUUGGCCCUCCAGACAUAGGAGCCAACUCCUAGGGGCUGAGGUGCUUUCAAUCCCCCCAAUAAAAUAUUUGAAGGGCCUGCCCCCCCAAAAGUUGAUGGACAUUGCCAUUCAAAUGGUGUGUGUGUGCCACAUCUUGUGAUCAAUUGGCGAGGCUUCCCUGCUCCCCCCCAUAUUUUAUUUAAGUUGGCACCCCGGCCUCCAGAUGUUACUAGACUGCCACUCCCAUCAGCCCUAACCAUUGUGCUACCUGACUAGGAUGGGUGGGAGUCCAGAAGCAACUGGAGAGCCACAAGUUCCCCACUACUGAGUUAUAGGCCCCAGUGCUUUCCAUGACAGAGCUGUUGUAAGCCUAGGUGUAUAUUUUAACUGUGCACAUUUUUUAGAAGAGCCAAAGCUAUGUGAUGAUUUGCAGCAACGAAUGUGAAUCGGGAUCUUUCAAAACUUCUAGGCUUCUAUGUUACUUUGGUGGUGAACCGUUGGUGGAACCAGUUUGUAAAUCUGCCGUGGCCAGACAGACUUAUGUUCUUGAUCUCCAGUACUAUCCAGGGGAGAGACGAGCACGGCCGCUUGCUCAGAAGAACUCUAAUGCGUUACGUGAAUUUAACGUCCCUCCUCAUCUUCCGUUCAGUGAGCACAGCUGUCUAUAAGCGAUUUCCAACAAUGGACCACGUGGUAGAAGGAGGUACUUGUCCAUUUCUUUUCUUCUCCAUCUCAGCCACGUCACAUGUGGCCAUAACUGAGCAGGGGCAGAAUAUUUUGACGUAUCAAUAGACAAGGCACAGGGCCACAUCGUCAGAAAGAGAAACAGCACUUCCGUCCUUAUCCUGGGAGUUGCUUUUCCCGUUAGUAAGUACUUAGGGUGAUGCAUGAACCAUGACAAUCCUGCUAAAUGUAGCAUUAUAGGAAAUGGGAUUCCACAAGCAGGUGCAGUUUUACUUUAAGAGCUUAGAUUCAAAAUGGUAGAAACCCAUUGUCAGAGUUUCUGUCAGAGGCCAGGCACCUCCUUCCCAAAGCCAAGGAAGCUUCUGCCCAGUUUAGGGAGGAAGGCGCGAUGCUCACACACACAACAAACUCCACCCCCCAAAAAAAUGUCCUCAAAAGCUGAUAUGUCUGGCUCUAACUGUUCCCCUACAAAAAAAUUCACCGCAAGUCACUACUAUCCUCCACAUUCUGCACAACUGCUGCCUCCAGACCAACCCCAAAGGUGGUUUGGGACCACCAUAUAUAUGCAGUACACAGCAUGAGCUGUUGCUUCUCUUUCUUUCAGGUGAAACUGACAAUUUUUUGUUUUUUAACUACACCUUGACUACAAUUUGCUUGGGUCAUUAAGGGUCAUAUAAAACUACUUCAAGAGCCAAUUUGUCACCCUUGUUUUAGACAUAACGUUUGUCUGUAUGAAGGGGUUUAUGGUCAUCCUUUUAAUAAUACAUGAGUACAAGCAGAAAUGAGUAAGGUUGUUUGAGGUCAUGUGCUUCAGAAGAUGCGCUUUCCGAACAAAUAUAGGAGAUCCAAAGGCAACUCUAUCUCUUUAUAAACAGGUUUUAUGACACCAGAGGAAAGGAAAAUAUUUGAUGAACUUAAAUCUCCCCACCUUAAAUACUGGGUCCCCUUUGUCUGGUUUGGAAAUUUGGCAGCGAAAGCGCGACAGGACGGAAGGAUCAGAGACAGUGUAGACUUGCAGACCCUUUUGAUCGUAAGUAAGCCAACACAGCUUAACGCCAUAGGGGGUGUGCUCUUUCUUAAACAUGCCUGUUUUACGUAUAUAAACCAUAGGCCUGUCUCUUUCCUUUCCAUUAUAUCAUAGUGACUGGGUUUCAUCCUACACUACAGUACACCAGGGCCAGCCCUAGAUCAGAUGACGCCCCAGACAAGGCAUCUUCACAUCCUACCCUUCCAUUGGUUCGCAUUUUGAAUGCCUUAUUUUUAUUGCAUUUGUAGCCUAUUGCAGGGCUGCUGUCAGGCUUGAGUGUGGGGCAGACAAAGUGCCCACUAGUGAUUCUCCUCCUAUGUUGGCGAGCCUCCUCUGGCUUACCUAACAGCAGUACUAGGCAAUUGGGUCUGGGAGCUGCCAUUUUAAUUUCCCACAAUGCCCUCGUAGUAGUGUCAUUCUAGGACUUUGUAAGACAUUAAAAUUGCUGCUCCUGGCCCCAGGAAACAUGAAAGGUGUGUUCCAAAAAUACAACUAUAUUGUCAGCUGUCAUACAAAAGUGACCUCCUCUGGUCUGUAGCAAUGAUAUGAUGUAAAGUUCAACUGAGAAAUCCAGGAUAUAAUUGCAUAGUUUAGGCUGCAAUCCUAUCCACAGAUACCUCGAUGGAGCAAGCCUCAUUGAAUUCAAGGGGACUUACUUCUGAGUAGACAUGUAUAGAUUUCACUGUUAAUUUCAUAAAAUGUUACUGUUUGGCUUUAAGGUUCCAGCCUUAGGGUUCUAGCUCUAAGAUCUGCCAUCCCCCUAGGCAAUCCACUGCCUAAACCAAUCCUGCUCUGCUACGCUGUGACAUCACAUCAGUUAAACCAAUUGCAGCCAGAGAGUCUGUUACAUCACUAUUUCUACCAAGUUCCACCAUGCUAAUAAGAAGAAGGAUGAAAUCAUUCUCUUCAGUGACCACAUAAAUUUUGUGUUUGUGUUUGUUUGUUUUCCACUUAGGAGAUGAAUCGUUAUCGAUCAUGGUGUAGCCUGCUAUUUGGUUAUGACUGGGUUGGAAUUCCCCUAGUGUACACACAGGUAUCUAAGUGGAACCUUUUGCCAAUAUACAGAAACAAUGUUGAAUGGUGGGUAGAGAUGGAUCUUGGGAUGCUGAAAAGUUUAAACUUAAAUGUAGUGUAUAUUUGAAGCCUGAAAGGUUUGUGUUUCUCCCUCCACCUCCUCCUGCUUUCACAAAUAGUUGAUUCCAUGAAUGGGGAUCCUGUGACCUUCUAGAUGUUGCUGGACUCCAACUCCCAGAAGCCCCAGCCAGAUUGGCCAAUAGCCAAAGAUGGUGGUAGUUGGAGUCCUCAGAAGGGCCUCAGGUUCCCCAUCCCGGUUUAUUCACUUCUUAGGGCUGAGGUGGAAUUGGAGACUCAAUAAAGACCAAACCCUGACAGCCCAGCUUGGAGCUGCUCUCCCACUGCCAGGUCACAUUUGUAUCAUUUUGCAUGAGAAUGUAUUGCACUGUAGGUGGCCAACAGAACUUUGCACGUUCACUGUGUAGGUCUAUCUAUCUAUCUAUCUAUCUAUCUAUCUAUAUGGCACACUUCUUAUACAGUAAUUAUAUCUGUAAUAGGGACACAGGUGGUGCUGUGGUCUAAACCACUGAGCCUUUUGGGCUUGCUGAUUUGAAAGUCAGCGGUUCAGGGUGAGCUCCUGUUGCUCUGUUCCGGCACCUGCCAACCUAGCAGUUCGAAAGCAGUGCAAGUAGAUAAAUAGGUACCACUGCAGUGGGAAGGUAAACAGCAUUUCUAUGCACUCUAACUUCCGUCAUGGUGUUCCGUUGCGCCAGAAGCUGCUUAGUCAUGCUGGCCACGUGACCCAGAAAGCUGUCUGUGGACAAACGCCGACUCCCUCAGCCUGAAAGCGAGAUGAGCGCUGCACUCCAUAGUCGCCUUUCACUGGACUUAACCAUCCAGGGGUCCUUUACCUUUUACCUUUGCCUUAUUAUAUCCAUAGCAGUAGCUUAAUGUGGCCUUAAUUCAUUUCAGGUUGUAACACUUGCUGUCUACACCUUCUUCUUCACGUGCCUGAUAGGACGUCAGUUUUUGGACCCUGAACAAAACUAUCCAGGUCAUGAUUUAGAUCUUUACAUUCCUAUCUUCACAUUGUUACAGUUUUUCUUCUAUGCAGGAUGGCUAAAGGUAAAUCGCUACUAUAGUUUUCCAGUGUGUUCGGAAUUUUCUUGUGAUUUUUAUGUUCAGAUUCAGUGAGUAAGAUUUCUUCCAGCCAAGUCAAUGGAAGUAAAGGGCCCCUUUAAAAAGCUAUCUAUACUUUUAUUGCUUCUCUCCUUCCCUCUCCCUCCCCCUCCCCCACCCCCAUUCCCCUCUCCCAUUCCCUUGCAAAUCUGCUUUGGAAAAUCUGCUCUGGAAAGUCUGUCCUGUCACUCAGAUAGAAGCCCAUUGUAGUCACACGAGGUCACCACUGGACACAGCCCACUGUGUUUCAUGAAGCUCAGCCAACAGCAUCAUAUCUGACAUCCAUGUCUCAUAGUUCAAGCCAGGCUAAGAUAUAGUAACAAUGAUAUUCAGACUGCUUUUUUCUAUUUUAAAAAUAUUCUAUAAAGCUUAAAAGCACAGCGGCUAUGCUUCUCAGGCUUGCAAUCUGAAUAGACGCAAUUACAAAGUAAAGGGGAUAUAGAGAGGGACACUUAGCAAUUAUUCAGCAUACAUAGUGAUUUAGGCAGUGCUUUUUUUCUGGGGGGACGCAGGGGUACACAUACCCCAAAACUUUUUGUGAAUCUAAGUUUGGCCUAAUUGAGGGGCAGUAUUUCAAUAUGAGUAGGAAAAUGAGAGUACCCCUAAACAUUUUUUUUAGAAAAAAAAGCACUGGGUUUAGGUAAUACCAAAAAUAUAUACCGUAUUUUUCACUCUAUAACACGCACCCGACCAUAACACGCACGUAGUUUUUAGAGGAGGAAAAUCCGUAGGCAUGCCACCCGUAGGCAUUCCCUCCAUAACACGCACAGACAUUUCCCCUUACUUUCUAGGAGGAAAAAAGUGAGUGUUAUGGUGCAAAAAAUACAGUAGCUAUCCAACGUGCUAUGUUUCUGAACACAUUCACACUGCUGAUAGUGCAUACUGCAGAAGAUUUGGCAUUUACGAUGACACUGCGAGCAGCAUUUCUGGAUCACAGGCUUCUUGCAAACUCCAAGUAUUAUGCACAGCACCCUGACCACUAUCAGCCACACCAAUGUGUGGAGCCACUUGUAGCUCAACUUUGCAAACAGCCCUGCUAUCAGCAACGCAGGUUUUGGCAGUUUUAUACAUAGCCUACUAUAAAUUGCUGCAAGUGUUAUUCUGUCUCUCAAAAUCCCACUGAGAAGGCUGUGUACGUGGUGAAUAGAGGAAUCUGCCAGCCUUGGAUUUCACAGACCACUUCAUCAACUGUAGUAGUGCGGGGUGGGGGGCUUUGAGGCUGCCUUUAAAGGGCAGGAGCCCACUCAAUGGUGCUUACAAGGUAAAAACAAAAUAGGACAGAGACAGAGACAGAGACAGAGACAGAGACAGAGAGAUAUGAGUAGCCAGAGCUUCCUGCUUCUACCAUACUGGAUAUCACAGAUGAAGAGGGAAGUUGCUCUCCAAUCAUUGUCCUACUACAAUGUACAGUGGUACCUUGGUUCUCAAACUUAAUCUGUUCCGGAAGUCCAUUCCAAAACCAAAGCACGCUUUCCCAUAGAAAGUAAUGCAAAACGGAUUAAUCCGUUACAGGCUUUUAAAACAACCCCUAAAACAGCAAUUUAACAUGAAUUUUACUACCCAACGAGACCAUUGAUCCAUAAAAUGAAAGCAAUAAUCAAUGUACAGUACUAUAAAAUAAAUAUGACAGUAUUGUAGAUGAUAAAAAUAAAGUAAAAAGUAUUUCUUACUUGCACUGAUGAUAGUCAUUGUUUGGAUGGGGGGCUUUUAUCCAUUUCCGCAGUCACACAAUCAAUCAGUUAAUAGCUGAACUGGGUACCACACAGUCACAAAAACAAAUUAACCAAAAAAUCCUCAAAAACAAAAACGCAAAAUAAACAGCAAAAACAAAAGCGCCAAAUAUAGUGGUACCUUGGUUCUCAAACGUAAUCGGUUACAGAAGUCUGUUCUGGAAACAAUAGCCAACAGCCAAAUUGGAUGUGCGGCUUCCAAAAAACGUUCAAAAACCAGAACACUUACUUCUGGGUUUUCGGUGUUUGGGAACUAAGGCGUUUGGGAACCAAGGUACCCCUGUAUAUGCAUCUCCCCACUCUUACCAGAGCUCCAUAAGGCCAUGUACACCUCAUUGCAAUAGACCAUCCUUGGAAAGACAAAAGCAUACAUAGCUGUGGAAGAGCUCAUGUCUCCCCGAAAGGGUACAGCCACUGUAUCAGAUGAAACCUUGCCAUUGCACAGGGGCGGGGAAUGUCCGCCACUCCCUGAUGUUGGUCUCCAACUUCCAUCAGCUCCAGCCAGCACGGCCAAUAAUGAAAGGAAAUGGGAGUCAUUUAGAGGGCCUCAGGCUCGCCUUCUCUGCCAGAUUUGACUUCUUGCCAGGAGCAAUAGGAGCAAGAAAUGAUGAGCAUACACAGGGCUGCCGUGAUCUGUAGGGCUGUGACGGCCCUUUCAGAAGCCAUUGCACACGGAGACAAUGGGGCAAACAAAUAGUUUGUGUGCAUGCCUGUCUCCCAGGAGUCUGGUGAGAGUUGUUAGCUAGUAUGGGCCUGCCCACAGAGUUGUGAAGACGUACCUGGGGACGAGUAACAUACUCGCUUUUCCUCAGUGCCUCGAUAAUAUCUGCUUAACCUGUACAUUAGCAAAUAAACAGAUUGCGGCAACAAAACAGUAACCCUCUGGUACUAUCCUCCUCCAGAGAAAAUUGAUCCUCUAAUGGUGCCUAUUUAGGAACAUCAAACCAUAUGUUUUAAUCUGAUUUCACCAUAUGAAGUAAUAAUAAUUUUAUUAUUUAUACCCCGCCCACCUGGCUGGGUUUCCCCAGUAGGUUAUGUUUACAUUGUAACUCUCACACAUCUUAAAUCCUAGAUAUGGGGCAGGUUAUACAUUUUAAUCAGACAUAGAAUCAUAGAAUUGUAGCGUUGGAAGGGGCCACAAGAGUCACCUAGUCCAACCCCCUGCAAUGCAGGAAUAUUUUCCCCCAAUGCGGGGGGAAGUAAUAAAAAAUCACAGCCCAGUCCAAUUUCAUCAUAAGAACUUCCUAAAAUCACAAUGCAACUAAAAAGUAGCAGCACUUCCAAUCUCCCAAAGUCCCGAGGCAGCUACAUCACAAGUCCUUCUUGCAAGUACAGUCAUACCUUGGAAGCUGAAGGGAACCCGUUCGACUUCCAAAACGUUCGAUAACCAAGGUGAGGCUUCUGAUUGGCUGCAGGAGCUUCCUGCAGCCAUUCGAAAGCUGUGAUGGAUGUUUGGCUUCAGAACACUCACUUCCAGUUUUUGAUCGUUUGGGAGCCGAAACGUUCAGCAACUAAGCUGUUUCAGAUCCAAGGUAUGACUGUGCUCACUGGGUCAAACUCUCCCCUCACUCUCUGACAAUAUCUACAAAGCAGACCUUGUCAUAGUGAAAUCGCAAGUAGGAAUACACCAUCUGCUGCAUUUUUUGUCAAAAGAGGUUUGUUGCGAUUAUGCUGCUGGCCCCGGUAACGAUGUUAAAACACACGUUACUGUCCGCCUAAUACGACAGUGUGAAGAACGCAAAAAAAUAUUGUGUUGAUUUGUUAACCAAACAGAAGUGCAAACAUAACAAAAAUAAAUAGCAAUGUAAACCAUAAAGCAUUACAGCCCAGAAGGAGAAGUUACAGCACAGCUCCAAAGGUAUUAUGCAAAGGUUCCCUCUACAAAUAACAAAGAUACAUAAAAAUAAAAGCAUUCUCCUCCUGUGAGUUCUAUCCUUACUGAAAAUAAAGGUUCUAUGAAGUCUUAGAUGAAAGGGACAUUUGCAUCUACUGAUGGCACCAAAUACAAGUUAAUUUGCAAAACAGGUUAUUUGAAAUCAUUGUCUGGCUGCCAGUCAUUGCUGUUAUGUAUAGGACAACAGUCGCCCUCACAUGAGGCCCUUUUAAUCCUACUUUGUGUUGUCCUGGAUUAGUCACUAAUCUGUUCAGUUCUCAUAUCCAGGAAUCCUAAAAUAGCAUUUAAUUGUCCUGGUUUGCAUUUCUUUGCAGACUGUGAUAUCAUGUGCCGCAUUGCCCAUGGCAGAUGAGCCAACGCAAUGUUUCCGCUUGUAGUCACUCUCCUUUAUAUCUUCCACAUUCAUUUAAGGAUGCCCUGCAAUGUGAUUUCUUGUUCACAGAUAUCUGCCCAGCUAGGUAGUAUAGCAAGUCUCAUUGUCCUACUUCUGUAGCAUCUCGAUACAUAAUUGUUCAUAAAAUCGUAAUUCAUCUUGAAUCCACUGGGUUCGUGCUGGGAACCACUGCACCCUUGAGCCAAUACUUCUGCCAUCACAGGAUGGUAAGAUAGGCCCAAUAUAGACCUUUUCAUCAUGUUAGCCCAGGAAGUGACAUAAUGAAAUAACACUUUCCUUCCUGAACCACCCACCUUCUGCUCUCGCCGUCAUGAGCAGCUGGGCUUUCGAGGUGAUAUUGGUCGUGCAGCUACUAUUAUGCCAUAAGAUCCACUGUCCUGUAAUAUCACAUAUGAGCUUUAAGUACUGAUGAAGCCCAGGACGGCGAAACAAGGCCAGUAUUCUGGAAAUCCUUGUCUAGACUCUGUGUAAGGAUUUUGUGGAACUGUAACAACCUUUCAUGUGGAUUUUUUGAACUUUACAAACAGACAGAUGGAAUAGACACCAUUACACGGAUGGACCUUAUGCAUGAACUGACUAAAAAAUGAUCUGAUCCACUGGGUCUUCUGCUUUGUUUGUUUGUUGAACUUUAUAAGUUACUUCCGCUGAAAUUUGAUAAUUUGAUACUAUGAAUAGUAGUUAUUUAUCUAAGAACACAGCCGGUUACGUCUCGUGUGCUUAUUGGGUCUGUUAAGUCCCAGCACGGCUGGCGAGGGAUUUGGAUUCUUCUACCCAUUCCUCUUUGUAACUGGCAGAAUCUGUCAGAUUUAUCAAAGAAAACUCAGCCUCUUUGUAUACUUUACCUCCCCUACUCCAACAGAUUUCUCAGUCCAGUAGAUCAGGUGCCACAUGCUGCAAAAUCCACUUGGGAAAAUGUGGAGAUUGCAUAAUCAACUAUCAAAACCAUUGUUCGUACCCUCUAGGGGACUGUGCAUUAGUACAAAUCUGUAGCAUAAAUAUCUUUUGAUAUUUCAGUUUUUGGUGAUGUACUUAUAAAUACGUGCAAUUCUGAUAACAGGUUGCUGAGCAGCUCAUCAACCCAUUUGGUGAAGACGACGAUGAUUUUGAAACAAAUUGGUGCAUCGAUAGGAAUCUGCAGGUGUGACUUUUCUUGCUGCCACUUACAAUUAUUUUCUUCAGCUCUGCAGCAAUGUAUUUUUUUUUAAUUUUCUGCCAUGGAUAAUAUUGCGAGAUGCCCUCCUCCCACAUUUCACAGAUUAGACUACAGAUAUAUUUCGAACACUUCUUCGCAAGCUCCACUUCAACACAUUGCUGAAGGCUCUUCACUGCCUGCCAUGUUCAUUUAUUUUGCUGUGACUGAUUUUGGAGCUAAGAGGCUGAUUGUUCUCUUGGCAAAAGUACAGGAGAAACACAUCAUUACCCUACAAUAUGCUGUCAUCAAGAGUUCCAAAUAUUUUUUUGCUGCAGUAUCUGAAAUGUCAGCCUGUGUGCUGCAUGGCUCUUUAGUGUUCAUAUGCAUGCAUUUUCCCUACAGCAGGUAGUCUAGACCUUAACAAGCACUCUGGCCAAUGGUGGCGUUUUCCCCUCUGAGGUUGUCUCACUUUCCUCUGGUUUUGGCCAUUGGCUAGUCUGGACAGGCUGUAUCUUAAAGCUACCAGAAGGGAGCUCUUUUAUGCAUGCUCAAAGCCCUGUGGGAGCAGAUCCGCCCUACUUCAAACAGCAACCACUUCACAUAUUGCUUCUGAAAUGCCCACGUUUCAAUAUAAUUUUGUCAUAUGGUGCAAGGAACUGCUGCUUGGAAAAAAUUAAUGACAAGGUCAUGUUGGGUGUUCUGGGUAUGAAUAGUGCAGUUCUCUCUAUUCUCUAGAUUGUGGUCAGAGUUUAUUGCGCCUAAAACUGCAUUUCAAGCUUUCUAAUUCACGGCCGUUGUUCCAGGUUUCACUUCUGGCAGUUGAUGAAAUGCACAUGAAUUUACCCAGAAUGAAAAAAGACAUGUACUGGGAUGAUUCCUCUGCCCGCCCACCCUACACAUUAGCAGCUGCAGACUCCUGCAUCCCAUCUUUCCUUGGAUCCACCAUCGAAAUGCGGUACGCAAGUCUGCGGUCUCCUACCAUAGUUAAGACAGGGUCAAAAUGGUUCCUCCAGUUUGUUCCAUCGUUAACAGCCCAGUCCUAAAAGAAUUCAGGCUUAGAUAUACCUAAUUCUUGAUAGAAGAUACCAGACUAUUAAGAACAUAGCUCUUUUGUCUGAUCCAGCAGAGCUCUUGCUAUCUCAUGCAGUCUCUUGUUUCCAGUCACCAGGCAAGCACAUGAGGGCAGCAGCACCCUCUCACUGUUGCUUCCAGCAAGUGGUAUUCUGGAGAACGUUGCCUCCAAUCCAGUGUAGGCAACCUUUAGCCCCAUGACUAGUAGGCAAAUUCAUGUUAGAAGAAGCUAUCGGUGACUACCAGUCAGAAUAAACUACAAGAUAUUGUAGUUUAUUACAAGAUGAAGACACAUGUAAAUAAUUAAAACAAAUCAGCAGAACAAUAACCCACCCUUCCCACAGACACAUAUUAAAAGCCUGCAGAACAUUAAUCAGCCCAAGGCCUGGUUGAAGAAGAACGUUUUUGUCUCAUGCCUAUAAUGAAGGCACCAGACGAACCUCCCUGGGAGAGACCGUUCCACAAAUGGGGAGCCACUACAGAGAAGGCCUGUUCUCGUGUUGCCACCCUCAGACCUCACAUGGAGGAGGCACACCAAGAUGGGCCUCAGAUGAUGAGCAUAGAGUCUGAGAUGGUUUAUAUGGAGAGAGGCAAUCCUUGAGGUUGGGAUUUUUUUUAUGUUCCCCUCAUAGAGUUCCCAUCCCAAAGGUUUUGUUGUACUUCUGUAAAUCCUGGGGGGUUUGCAGAUGUUGCCUCCCUUUUCUUCAUGGAUGAUGCCACCAUGUGUGAAUGGGGCCCCAUAAGGAUCCACACACUAAGAAUUGAGUUCAUUGUUAGCAAUAGGGAUAAUAACUGCUUUCAUGUUUCAACUUGCAGCCUGACUGAUAGCCAGUUCCUCCAUGGAGAAAACUGGCCCCGGAAUAACGAUAAACCCAGAAGGCAGCAUUCGAUGCUGAGAAAAGUGAAACGGUUCCUGAGUGUCCGUGAAGGCUCUCCUGCCCCAACAAGACGGUCCUACCAAAGGCAGUCGAGUGAGAACUCUGUUUUCUUCCCCUCUCACGAAAUGCAUCACAUUGGCAAGUUGCUAGAAAUGCACUCCAGGGGGAGACAUUUCUCCUCAAACAGCAUGAAAAGCCAUGAGAGGGGGCACGGGAGCAUGGAUCUUGGAGUCAUUAGAGAAAGCAGCAGGAAUGAAGGUCUGGAGACAGGCUACCAGUCUGGUGCAGAAGAAAGCCUAGCUAAAAUGGACUCGGCAGCCGUUGAAAAGAUGGUUGUUGAAAAUGAAGGCAGAUUGAAUUCACAAAUAAACAGGGACGUUAACAUCCUGACAGAAGAAGAUUUUGACAAUCAAAGUGAGUCAGAGACUGAUUCCGAAGGACCUGGGAUGACCCACUGUGCCCCGCUGCACAGCUCUCCCACAGAUUUGCUCAUAACUCCUUCAAAAAUUGCACCACCUCAUAUGGCAUCCGGGCAACAGGAUUCAUCCACUGGUGCAAAACAGGAAAAGGAACCUCACACCGAUCAAGGCACCACAUCCAGCACCCUGCCAAAUGAUCACAUGUGGCAAUACCCAGAUGUUUUUACUCACCAUGCGGCACCAAGGACAAAAACUGAAUCUCUUUCAACAGAGUCUGGGACAAUGCCUGGAGAAGGCAGCUUAAGUACUGAGAGCACUCCCACUUCUUCUCCUGCUGCUGCUGCUACUAAUACAUUUGACAUAAGCCACUUACCGGAACAAGUGGAUGCUAGAGAAACUGAUAUCCUUUAUAUCGUUGAGUGUAGCAAUGAGAAAAAUAAAGGACACCUCUGACAAACUGGAGAGCACCAAGAUGUUGUGCUGCUGACUCAUGCCACGCAGGGCAUCUAUUUUUUAACAGCUCACCUCAGGACAGGCAACAGCUUGCAGGCAACAUUAUGCUUCACCAAAAGCCUCAAUAUUGAGAACACAAUUUGAAAAUAUUUAAUCCUAUCUUGGUUUAAUUAUUCUGGGUAAUUUAGCUCAAACUGAACAGGUAAAUAUGAGAUACAGGUGGGGGGUGUAUGUGUGGGUGUACACAAUAAGAUGACCACAGAGGUAAGCACGCCGUUUAUGCACGUUCAAUA